AUGCUGAUCAAAACCGUAGGAUUGGUCCUUCUGCUGACUGCACAGGCCUGGAGUCAGUCCAUAAGCUUUCCUGUUUACACUGUGGAUAGUAUUUUAUCUGCCUUGACUGGAGGAGGAGGAGGAGGAGGCGGUGGAGGCGGUGGAGGAGGUGGCGGCGGCGGUGGCAGUGGCGGUGGAGGAGGCGGUGGAAAUAACAACAACAACAACAAUCUUGAUGCCUACGAAGCUUACCUAAAUAACUAUUACAGCAGCCAAUGGCAGCAGUACUAUCAAGCCCAGGCCGCUUACAAUCAGUACUUGUUUAGUCUGGCAGCUGCCAACGCAGCAGCCAACGCGAACAACGGGCAGGGGCCAAAUCCAGCAGUGCAGACAACCACUGCAGCUCCCACGACGACAACUACUGCUGCAACUACUACUACCACUGCAGCUACCACGACAACAACUGAUGCAACAACUUCUUCGACUACAACCACGACUACAGAGGCUACCUCCACUGCCGUUCCCACAUCUACGGGACCCGUCACAACGUCGACGGCAGUUGCCGAAGAUCCGACCACAACGACAACAACAACAACUACAACAACGACGACAACGGAAGCUCCGACAACUACAACAACCACGACAACGGAAGCUCCGACAACUUCCACUGCUGUGGCACCUGCGAAUACCGACACCACCGUUAAUGCCGUGGGGCGGUACCGCACCACUCCUCUGCCGUACCACUAUGUGCCGAGCUCACUGAUCAGCCCCUACGAACUGCACCGCAUCAACUCGAACCCCAUUUACGUACGUGGUGCAGCAGAGGCAUCGUCUUCAGCCCAUUCCCUGCCGGUAUACAUUCCUUAUAAUAAUAUAUACCGCAGGGUGCAGCCUGCUCCUUACUUUGGGUACGACGCUAAAAAGUAG